GUACUACCACAUCCUGUAUACAAAUGUUUACACAUUCCCGCUUCUAAAAGCUCUAGCAUGGAAUAAAUAACAUUGCUGAGGCUGUGGACGCCAUAGGUCAUCUCAACCAUCAUCAUGUCGUUCUUCGCCCUGUUAGAUUACCUCCAGAACGGCUUACCCCCCGUGUGGAAACCAGGGAUCCUCUCCUACCAGGAGUUCUCCGAGGAGGUGGUCAGGGUCCACAACGACUGCAGGAGGCGACACAAGGCCUACGCCUUACGAUUGAACGAGGAGCUCUGCACGCUGACCCAAGGCUGGGCGGACAAACUGGCUACACUCCCCGAGUUGGCCCACAGUGGCAACAAGUACAAGGGGACCAGGAUAGGCGAGAACAUCGCCAUGAAGUGGACAUACAACAAGUCCAUGUACAAACCACAGGAGGUGUGUGACCAGUGGUACUCGGAGGUCAGGAAUUUUGUCUUCGGGGUGGAGCCCACAAGCCCUAUUGUUACCGCAGGACACUUCACGCAGAUGGUGUGGCGUAACUCCACAGAGAUAGGGGUAGGCAGGUCCCAGGCUAGAGAUGGCCGCUCCAUCGUCGUGGUCAGCUACUUCCCGCCCGGAAAUGUUGUAGGGGAGUUCACAACAAACGUCCUGCCACACCAGGGGUCCGAGAGCCACACUUAGCACACUUCUGAU